AUGAAAAAUAGAAAAGGAAGAACAAAAUAGCACGCAUUUUUAUAUAUUAGUGAAUCUCCAAGAGAAGUGAUCUGCUAAUUUUAGAACUGCCAAAGACCAGCAAAUCACUUCUGUAAACUCUGCAAUAAAUCAUUAUGCUAGAGUUGCUAUAAAAUGGAGAAAGUAGAAGAUGUUUUUGUUAUUUCAGGAGGUGAACAUAAAAUAUGUGGAGAUUGUUAUAAUGAAUUUCAAAUGAUGACUAAACUAGUUUCACAACAUAAUCUUAGGUAUAAUAGCAAUAGCUAAUUCAAUGUCUAGCUUUGGAUCAAGGACUAUAAAUAAAAUAAAGCAUAGCUAAGCUAACUGUACUGUAGACUAAAGAACAAAGAACAAUAUCAAAAUGUUGAAAUAGACAUAGAAAAUACUCACUUUAAUUCUUCAUAUCAUUAAUUCUUAAUCAAAACAACAGAAGGCAUGCAAUUUUAAGAUAUUAAAUAGGCAGUUAAAAAUGUAGUAAAUGCUUUUUUACACUACGACUCAAAGAUACAAUAUAAAAAAGAAAUACUCUAUCAAGCAUUUUACUUGUUAAAUUUUACUGACGAAAUAGGAGCAUUUGCUAUGAUGAAAUUUCUUUAUGAUCAUAUUAUUCCUUAACAACUCUAUAGAGAUGAUCCAGAGUUUAUAAGAAAUUUGACUAUGAGAAUUUUAGAAUUUGUUUCAAAAAAUAAUAAAAGCAACCUUGAAUUAAUUCCAGUAAUAAAGCAACUACUUCAUGAUAAGCUGUCCCUAUGGAUACUGAGUCUGUUUUCCUACAACUUUAGAUUUAUAAUAUCUCUUCAUAAUUUGCAAUAAAUAUUUUCUCACUACAGUUUUGAAAGCGUGGUAAAUUCUGUAAUAGCCAUAGUUGUUUUGGUAUACCCUAAACUAAAAUCUAUAAAUUAUAAUACAGAUCAAAAUAAAUUAGAGGGAAUCUUAUUUGCUGAUAUUAUAUUUAGUUAAUAUAAAUAAAAAUUAGUACACGUAGUUUCAUCAGAAGAUUACUUUAAAUUAAUAGCUAACAAAUAAAAUUUAAAUAAUGAAGUAUGGGGUAAUGAUUAUUAGCAAAGUUUAGAUCUUUAUUAGCAGCAAAAUAAGUUACUUAAACUAGAAAUAACUAAUUUAAAAGAAGAAUGUAAAAUUUACUAAUAAAAAAUAGAAGAGAUAGAAAAAAAAUACAUUGAAUGUGAAUUUGAAAGUGUAGUCAUUCCAUUUUAAGAUGAUUCAAGUUAAAGAGAUAGGAUAGAUAAUUUAAAAUAGGUAUAAGAAGAACUGACUUAGCAAUUAACAUAAAAAAAAGAAGUUGUUAAAAAUUUAGAGUAGACUGAUUAAUUGAUUAAAGAAUAACUUGAUAAGCUAACAGAAUAAAUAGAUCAAGAUUUAAAUGGUGUAGAUGAAAAAGAGUUAGAAAGAAACUUCAUUCAAGAAGAAGAGAGACUUAAUAAAAUUAUUGAGGAUUUAGAAAGUUAGAAAAAGAAUAAAAAAGAAUUAAUUGAUGUAAUUUCCUCUGAGCUCAAAUAAGUUAAUUUGGCUUUAGAUUUGAUGAAAUAGUAAUAAUAAUGA